AUGAGCGGAGAUGCCAUAAUGCAAGUAGGUCAGGCGCCUGCUUCUAGAUCAAAUACGUACGGUGGGCAUGAGUUGCGAGUGACUGAGAGAGUGAGAACUAACGAGGCGUUCAGUUUCUUUGAGACAUCUAGCAAUACAGAAGACCAAAAUAUGCGUGCACAAAUUGAUCGUAGAUCACCGCUGUCAUUCCAAAGACUAGGUGGGCAAAAAAGAUCGCAACUCAACCAUUACUAUCAAGAACAAGAACAAAGACGAUCGGCUACUUUAAUGAACCUACCAUUAGCUCAAUUUAUGAAAACUUACGAAAGAUAUGAAGCGGCGGUAGAGACAAGUAGGGCUGAGGGCAGGAAACCUCAUCCUGGACCAAUUGAUACUCCACUAAUGGUGAGUAUUAUUUUCUAUUUUAUACAUCUGUCAUAUGUUCAAUGUGCAAAUGAAUUGAAUCAUCAUCUCCCGAGCCUUUUCCGAACUAUGUUGGGGUCGGCUUCCAGUCUCAGCGGAUGCAGCUUAGUACUAGUGUUUAAGUUUUACAAGGUGCGACUGCCCUAUCUGACCUACUCAACCCAGUUAUACGGGCAACCCAGUGCCCUUUGGUAA